CCAACUUCUACCCUCAAGUUAACAAAACUUGAACCCGACACAAGAUGGCUCCUGGGCAAAAGCUGUACCCGAGGGCGACGGUGAAGAAGAUUGUCAAGGCUCAUUCGAAAUGCAACGUCAGCAAAAAUGUCGAUGUCAUGAUGUUCCUCGACUACGUACUCUUCAUGCAAACACUCAUGAAGGAGGCGGCUAUUGAUGCAAAACAAUCUGGGGAAAGGGGUAUAAGUGCUAGGAGUGUGAAGAAAGCUACUGCGGAUACUCUGGCCAAGUUCAAGGGAUGAAAAACACACAACAACCACCAUAACUCACCAUGUUCUUCGAAUUGACUAAUGAAGGAUCUGGGAGUACACUUUUGAUGCUAUACGGUCAUAGAGGUAUCCGUGAUCUGUUUUUUAGUCUUACGUGGACCAGACACUUCAGGGCUGUCACGGGAAAUUUCUGAGGGAUGAGUAACAGCCGUCAAUUUUGGGAAUGCAGAUAGUAUGCAUGCUCAACUAGGCUGUAUUACAUAUCCCUAUAUGUAAAUUCAUGAGCUCUGGCGCGAUGCUUGCCUCAAGUCUGAAGCACUAAGAGGCAUACCAAGCAUGAUACUAAUUGAGGUAGUCAUUGACCUACUACUAUGCGGGUAAAGAUAUCCAUAGAAUUGAACCCUAAGAGG